AUGCAGGCAUUUGUCCCCAAGAACAGGAGGCCGCGAUUUGAGCUUGUUUUGAAAAUCAUCGACAUCAACAAUGUCCCACUCGGCAAUAGUGUGGCUUUCGUGCGAUGGCGCCUACCGGCGUCAAGCGCCACAGAGCAUCAGGGUCACACAGAGAAAUCCACAUUGAGUGACCACAGAGCAUACUGGAACUACGAAAAAGUCCUGCAAGUCAGGCUCACUAUCGACCGAACGUCGAUGCUCCAGGAAUGUGACAUCCACUUCGAAGUCAUACAGGAAUUCAAUUCCUCUCCCACAUCUGAAAAGGUCGUGCUGGGCAAAUUCAAACUCAACCUUGCCGAAUAUGUCGACAAGGUAGAAGAAGAUGAAGGGGUCGUCCGAAGGUACUUGAUGUAUGACAGCAAGGUCAAUAGCACCGUCAAAAUCGGGGUGGCCAUGCGCCAGAUGGAAGGUGACCGCAACUACACCACGCCGUCUUUGAAGUCUGCCACGGUCUUUGGGGGUAUUGCAGGAGUUGUGCAUUCCUCUGAACCUGGAGACUCCGAUGAACUCGGGCAACUGCCAUCGAUCAAUGCCAAAAGCCGGGAAACGGCAGAUUUGCAAGACAUGUAUCGCCGCACUCUGGCGGCGUCCUGGACAUCUCGAGCCGGCGACUUACCCGCCGACAAACUGGUGGAAGAACUCUUUGCUGGAAGCUCCUGCUGGAAUAACCAAGCCCACAAUACCCAGUCUGGAGUCACGGUCGAAGGUGAUCACCGUGUCUCUUUGCUGGAUGUGGAGGGCAUGAACAGACAGACUAGCUCCGGGAAAAGGCUAUCACCAAGCUUCGAGAGGCGACCGAAAAGCUCGUCUAGCAACCACUCCCACAAUAGUAGCAAAACACCAGACUCUCUCUCGACACUUGGCCAUGCCAAGAGUGGUGGAAGCCUUGAACAGCAACUGUAUGACGGCGCGAAGGGUCGUGGCUGGAAGAUCCGGAGUGCUAACAAUGAACUGUCCGAGUUUGAUGUACGGGAGGAUCUGCGGAGCUGGGAAACCGCGACGAAGGAAUGA